AUGAUCGAUGGGACGCAGCUCGCCAUAGGCAGCGACGGCGGUUCUACAGUCCCCUUCUACACCGCUGCUAAUCCGCUACAUGCUUCAGCAACCUCACGUCCCCCAUUUUGUCGCGAUAGCGAAGGAUGGGGUCCUAUAAACUCGGACAUUACUGACCUGACGCCAUGCUUCGUUGACGUCCCGAUCUCCAUCACCGCCAUCUGGGGUGUGGUGAUGGGCGCGGGAGCUCUAUGGUUCUUGCUUAAAAGACGCGAGCCGCAGCACGUCCCAAAGAAUUGGCAUUUUUAUGCUAAGUUGGUUGUUCUGUCGCUUUUAAUGGCAUUGACGGCCGCUGAGGCAUCUCUCCAAUUGGACUCGAACCCACGACUUUACAUCGGCGACUUUCGAUUCUGGGCGAAUAUUUUGACUUUAGCUUCGCUCGCUGUGAUUUUCGCCGUUCAAUAUCAUGAGCACUGGCGUAGUAGGCAACCGAACGGCGUGGUUCUCUUCUAUUGGGUGUUCUUCAUCAUAGCCCGUGGUAUCAAGCUACGGUCUCUCGUUGCCCGUGCAGUAUUCAGCGAUAAUCCUCCAUACUUCAUCAUAUUUACUAUCGGCCUCGGUUUCGCCGUCGUCGAGUUUGUUCUGGAAUACCUCGUCCCGAAGAAGCAGAGUGCGUACGAUACUUUGGGCAAGGAAGACGAGUGCCCGUUCGAGUAUGCUGAUAUCUUCUCCGUUCUUACUUUCGGUUGGAUGACACCAAUGAUGAAGUACGGUUACAAGAAUUUCCUAACUCAGGACGAUAUGUGGAAUCUGCGAGACCGAGAUACCACCAAGACAACAGCUGCUCAUCUGGAAGAUUCAUGGGGCAUCGAGCUGGAGAAGAAAUCACCUUCUUUGUGGAUUGCACUUUUCCGGGCAUUCGGAGGUCCCUAUGUCCGAGGCGCCAUUAUCAAAUGUGGCAGUGACGUUCUUGCUUUCGUGCAACCGCAAUUGUUACGUUACUUGAUAAGCUUCAUAGACUCCUAUCGUACUCCUCAGCCGCAGCCUGUUGCUCGAGGUGUUGCUAUCGCAUUGUCCAUGUUCGCGGUUUCAGUCUGCCAAACAGCAUGUCUGCAUCAAUACUUCCAGCGAGCCUUCGAAACCGGUAUGCGAGUCAAAUCCGCUCUUACCGGUCUGAUUUACUCCAAAGCACUCAGAUUAUCGAAUGAAGGCCGUUCGUCCAAGACGACUGGAGAUAUCGUCAAUCAUAUGGCUAUUGAUCAGCAGCGAUUAGUGGACUUGACCCAGUUCGGUACGCAGCUCUGGUCUGCGCCUUUUCAGAUUACUCUUUGCAUGGUUUCUCUCUACCAACUAGUCGGUAAUAGCAUGUGGGCUGGUAUUGGAGUCAUGAUUCUCAUGAUCCCAAUCAAUGGCAUUAUUGCUCGAAUGAUGAAGACUCUUCAGAUCGUACAGAUGAAGAACAAAGACUCCAGAACACGCCUUAUGACUGAGAUCCUUAACAACAUGAAAAGCAUCAAGUUGUACGCUUGGAACAAGGCUUUUAUGGCUAAACUUAGCCACAUUCGUAAUGAUCUCGAGUUAAAUACUCUUCGGAAGAUUGGAGCAACCCAAGCCGUGGCAAACUUUACUUGGUCGUCAACCCCAUUUUUGGUAUCUUGCACAACUUUUGCAGUUUUUGUGCUCAUUGACGAGCGACCUUUGACUACCGAUAUUGUUUUCCCAGCAUUGACUCUAUUCAACUUAUUGACUUUCCCACUAUCAAUUUUGCCAAUGGUUAUUACCUCGAUCAUAGAAGCUUCGGUGGCUGUUAAACGUCUCACCGACUAUCUCACUUCAGACGAACUUCAGGAGGAUGCUGUGCUCUUCCAGGAACCAGUUACGCACAAUGGCGACGAAUCUGUUCGCAUCAGGGAUGCAUCAUUUAGUUGGAACAAGUACCAACCUAACAAUGUUUUGGAGAAUAUCAAUCUGAGUGCUCGAAAAGGCGAAUUGACCUGUGUCGUUGGCCGUGUAGGCGCGGGAAAGUCGUCGCUUCUCCAAGCUAUUCUCGGGGAUUUGUGGAAGAGCCAAGGUGAAGUCGUUGUUCGUGGCCGAAUCGCGUACGUAGCGCAGCAAGCUUGGGUCAUGAAUGCCAGUGUGAGAGAAAAUAUCGUUUUCGGUCAUCGCUGGGAUCCACAUUUCUACGAGCUGACAGUGGAAGCCUGUGCCCUGGUUGACGACUUCAAGACCCUUCCUGAUGGCGACCAGACCGAGGUUGGUGAGCGGGGUAUAUCGCUAUCGGGAGGACAAAAGGCUCGACUGACGCUUGCUCGAGCUGUCUACGCACGAGCUGACAUCUACCUCCUCGAUGAUGUCCUUUCUGCUGUAGACUCUCACGUUGGCAGACACAUUAUCAACAGGGUCCUAGGACCAACGGGUAUACUUAACGGCAAGACGCGUAUUCUCGCCACCAAUGCUAUUGCUGUGCUGAGAGAGGCAGACUUUAUCACUCUUUUGAGAGAUCGUACGUUCCUUGAGAAGGGUACAUACGAACAGCUUAUGGCAAUGAAAGGUGAAGUGGCCAAUUUGAUCCGCACUAUAUCUACCGAGGACGAUGAUGGAAAUGAUUCGGAAGCCAGCAAAAGCGAUACUAAAAGCCCUACCAGCUUUGAGUCAACUACCGCUGAUGAGUCCGACCUGUCUGAGAUCGAAGAAGCGGAUGAUGGUCUUGGUGCGCUUGCACCUAUCAAACCCGGAGGUGUCAGAAGAACCAGUAUGGCUACUUUACGACGUGCGAGUACUGCAAGUUGGCAUGGCCCACGUAGAGAAACUACAGACGAAGAGAAUGGUCUCAAAUCCAAACAGACCAAGGAAAAAGCCGAACAAGGCAAAGUCAAAUGGAGCGUUUAUGGUGAAUAUGCGAAAGAAAGCAAUCUUUAUGCAGUCGCUAUCUACUUAUUCUUCCUUCUUGCUUCGCAGACAGCACAAGUUGCGGGAGGUUUUUGGUUAAAACGAUGGUCUGAAGUCAAUGAGAUCUCUGGGCGAAACCCAGAUGUUGGCAAGUACAUUGGAGUUUACUUCGCUUUUGGAUUGGGUUCAUCUGCUCUUGUAGUUUUGCAGACGUUUAUCCUUUGGAUUUUUUGCUCCAUAGAGGCAUCUCGAAAGUUCCACGAACGCAUGGCAUACGCUAUUUUCCGGUCGCCGAUGAGUUUCUUUGAGACUACUCCUUCUGGUCGGAUUCUGAACCGAUUUUCAAGUGACAUAUAUCGGGUGGAUGAGGUACUUGCACGUACUUUCAACAUGUUAUUUGCCAAUGCUGCUCGCGCUAUGUUCACCAUGGGUGUUAUCACCUUCGCGUCACCGGCAUUCUUGAUCGUUAUUCUUCCUCUUGGAUUUCUUUACAUGUCUUAUCAACAGUACUACUUGAGAACUUCUCGAGAGCUCAAGAGGUUGGAUAGUGUUAGUCGAAGUCCGAUUUUUGCCCACUUCCAGGAAUCUCUAGGUGGUAUCUCCACGAUUCGUGCAUACAGACAGGCGAAGCGAUUUGCUUUGGAGAAUGAAUGGCGCAUGGACGCUAACAACAGAGCUUACUUCCCCUCUAUAAGUGCCAACAGAUGGCUUGCUGUGCGAUUAGAAUUCAUAGGGUCUAUCGUUAUCCUAGCUGCCGCCGUAUUUUUUAUCGUCUCUGUUGCUACAGGUACUGGCUUGACGGCUGGUAUGGUGGGUUUGGCCAUGUCAUAUGCUCUACAAAUUACGCAGUCCCUCAACUGGAUUGUGCGACAGACGGUCGAAGUUGAAACAAAUAUUGUGUCCGUCGAACGUGUGCUGGAGUACGCCAACCUGCCUAGCGAGGCUCCGGAUGUUAUAUUCAAGAACAGGCCUACCAUCGGUUGGCCAGCACAUGGUGGCGUGUCAUUUGAGGACUACAGCACUCGCUAUCGCCCUGGACUCGACCUUGUUCUCAAGAAUAUCAAUCUCGAUAUUAAGCCUCGGGAGAAGAUUGGCGUCGUUGGUCGGACAGGUGCUGGCAAGAGUUCUCUGACCUUGGCGUUGUUCCGUAUCAUCGAAGCCGCAGAAGGCAAAAUCUGUAUCGAUGACUUGGACAUCUCAACUAUCGGUCUUACUGACCUGCGUGGGCGGCUUGCAAUCAUCCCUCAAGAUCCAGCAAUGUUCGAAGGGACUGUUCGAGAUAAUCUAGACCCCCGCCAUGUUCAUGAUGACACUGAAUUAUGGAGUGUCCUUAGCCAUGCUCGACUGAAGGAGCAUGUUGCCAGCAUGGAGGGUCAACUGGAUGCUGUCAUUCAAGAAGGAGGAUCAAAUCUCAGUCAGGGACAGCGGCAACUCGUUUCGCUGGCUCGCGCAUUGCUGACGCCAAGUAACAUCCUAGUCCUAGAUGAAGCAACUGCCGCAGUAGAUGUUGAAACUGAUGCUCUGCUCCAACAGACGUUGCGUAGCAGCAUCUUCAAAGACCGCACCAUCAUUACAAUCGCCCAUCGAAUCAACACCAUUAUCGAUUCUGAUCGCAUUGUGGUUUUGGAUCGGGGUACCGUCGCAGAAUUCGAUACACCAACCGAGCUUCUCCGGCGGGGUGGCAAGUUCUAUGAUCUCGUCAAAGAGGCGAAUCUUCUAGAUAGUGAUGCUGUGGCAAGCAUGUUAGGGAAGAAAUAGGUAGGGCCAUAGCUAUGUUUCGGGGAACCGGGACGUAUCAAUGCUCCCGCCAGAGGGUUCCACGUUGAGUUAGGUUAGGAACCGAUCGACAAAUCUUCGUGUUCGUCCAACUUCUCUUUUCGAUCAGCGCACAAGUUAGGGAAGGCGAACCAAGAUCAUAGGAUAUAUUUCUUCUUGAUGGCCAGAAAAAUACUACAUUAUCACGAUACAGACCUCGACAUUAUUGCAUAAAGCCCUGUGCCCGGGGGUUACACAGUCCUUCUCAUGUGGCCCCUUGUUAUUUUAUCUCUUCUACUUUAUGCAAAAAAAAGAAAAGAAUAUUUGUGCUAUACUACACUGAGUUUGAUAUACGAAGCAAAAAGAAAAAGGGUCCCCGGAUGGAUUUUCCGCCUAUUUUGACCGGGGUAUAUCUGAGUCUGGGCCGCAUUACUGACUGUCUGUGCGCGCAAGGACUGUCGUGUUCCACGGCUGUGACACGUUCCUCUACACCAAUGGGACUUGGAUACUUGAAGAUAUCGACUUCUUGGCUCAUGUUGCCUGGAUCUUGAUUUAUAAUACAUGAAUUAUUGCUUCGGAGGGUGCUGAUCGAAUGCUGAUUUGGUAUAAUUAAGGGGUCUUUUUAUAACGAGUUUGGGGCGAGUAGCAGAUGGGAGAAAAGCAAGAGGGAGUGAAACUGAAAAAAGUAUUUGUAUAUUUCGAUGAUCUGUAAUUAGCAGCGAUACUGUAGUACAAUUAAUAAAUGGUUUGUACU